AUGAAAAAGCGCAAAGAGCUCAAUGCAUUGAUUGGCUUGUCUGGGGAUAGCCGGAGGAAGAAGCCCAAGAAAGGCUCAGGCCACCGCCUGCUUCGCACUGAGCCUCCUGCUUCAGGCUCCGAGUCCAGCUCCGAGGAGGAAGAGGAAUUUGGUGUAGAUGGAAAUCGCUCUUGCUUUGUCAAGGGAAACUAUUUACGAUGCUGCAAGAUCUGUUAUCCCCUCUGUGCUUUUGUCAUCCUUGCCGCCUGUGUCGUGGCCUGCGUGGGCUUGGUGUGGAUGCAAGUUGCCCUGAAGGAGGAUCUGGAUACCCUCAAGGAAAAAUUUAGAACAAUGGAAUCUAAUCAGAAAAGUUCAUUCCAAGAAAUUCCCAAACUUAAUGAAGAACUACUCAGCAAACAAAGAGAACUUGAGAAGAUUGAAUCUGGAGAGCUGGGCUUGAGCAAGGUCUGGAUAAACAUCACAGAAAUGAAUAAGCAGAUUUCUCUGUUGAAUUCUGCGGUAAACCACCUCAAAGCCAACAUUAAAUCAGCAGCAGAUUUAAUUAGUCUGCCUGCUACUGUAGAGGGACUUCAGAAGAGCGUGGCUUCCAUUGGCAAUACUUUAAACAGUGUCCAUCUUGCUGUGGAGGCAAUACAGAAAACUGUGGAUGAACAUAAGAAAGCCAUGGAAUUACUACAGAGGGACCUGAAUCAGUACUCUAUGAAGGAGACCAGUAGAAGCGGCCAGAUUAUUCCAUCACCUUCAGCUCCAUCAGAACUUGACAAUAAAUCCAACAGCAAGAAUAUGAAACAGAUAGGUGAUAGAGCUGCCACUUUGAAAAGAGAGUCUUUGCAUCAGGUGACCAGCAGAAUAGAUACAUUAAAAACCCAAAGCGUAAAGAAAGAAGAUAAUUCAGAUUCUCAGGUAUCCAAGGUAAGGGAGAAACUACAGCUGAUCAGUGCUCUCUCCAACAAGCCUGAGAGCAACAGGCCUCCAGAGACCACCCAUGAAGAGCAAUUACAGAGUUUCACAUCAAAGCCAUCAGCACUUCCAGAAUUUCCACAAUCUCCUGGAGAUGACAUUGAGAAAACAGCCCAGCUAAAAUCUGUCUCUAUACCAGGAAUUGCUAGCAUCAAAGAUCUUCAGGAUUUAUUCCACAAGACUGGCCAGAACAUGGAUGGGGAGCUAACCUACCAGGAAAUUUGGAACUUGUUAGGCUCUACCAUGCCAGCAUCAGAGAGUUUGAGAGAGUUUGAUGCUGAUGGAGAUGGAAGAUAUUCAUUCCUGGAGCUAAGAGCAGCUGUAGGUGUCUAG